AUGUUCGGCAUCAGUCGUCCGAUGAUGCUCGUCUGCCUGAUCGCUGCGCUGAAUUGCGCCAGCGUCGGGUAUGACUCCAGCAUGAUGUCCUCGCUGAACAUUUCAGAACAAUUCAAGGCAAGGUUUGGCAUCGUCGAUGCCAACACCAAAGGGCUGCUCACCGCUGUGCAAAACCUCGGCGCCAUUGUCGGCAGUCUUUUUGCCGGCCACAUCGUGGACAGAUUUGGACGUAAAGGGGGUAUCCUCACGGCUUCCUGCAUCGUCCUCAUCGCCACCGUCCUCCAUAGUACCGCGACAACCAAGGCGCAAUUCUUCGUCGCGCGCAUUGUUGUUGGUUUCGCGAAAGCCAUUGAUAUCGCCUCCGUGCCUACCUACUUGGUGGAAUUGGCACCGCCGAAGCGCCGUGGUUUUGUUGCUGGUUUAUACUGGACUUGCUGGCUUCUGGGCGCCAUUAUCUCCUCUUCUGUCGGAUACGGAGCGCGCCAGGCGGGUGGCGACUGGACUUGGCGCAUCGUUUGCAUCUGCAUGGCGGCCCCGGCUCUAAGCUGCAUUUUCUCGCUGUUCCUGGUCCCCGAGUCCCCGCGUUGGUUGAUUUCCCGUGGUCGCGAGGGAGAGGCACUUGCAGUCCUUGCCCGAUUCCACGGUAAGGGUGAUGAGACGCACGAGCUAGUCGUCGCGGAGUUCCGAGAAAUCAGAGAGACAAUCGCGUUUGAGAAGGAAAACAGCUUUCCGACUCUCGGUGCUUGGUGGAAGGCUUUCUUGAGCGACAAGGCGAAUAUCCGCCGCGGCUUCAUUCUCAUUACGCUUGGCAUGUUCGAGCAAACGGUUGGCAGCAACAUUAUCACAUUUUAUCUCGACGACGUCCUUGCCUUGGCCGGUAUCACUUCCGAUUCCAGCGAGUUCGCCAUCAACCUUAGCCAGUACUGUGUAGCGUUUGUCAUCGCACUUGUUGGUAUCUGUUUGGUCGACAAGCUUGGCCGAAUUCCCAUGCUGGUUGGUGGUACGGUUUACAGUGCUGUUAUUCUGGCUUGCAUGGCCGGUCUUUCAGCAGCGGCAAUUGGAAGCGUGUCUGGAAGGAAUGCCAUCAUCGCCAUGGUAUACUUGUUCCAAAUCGGAUAUGCUAUCAGUUGGACGCCUCUUUCGUUCUCAUACUGUGCUGAAUUGUUGAAUUUCACAAUUCGCGCAAAGGGCAUGGCGUUUUACACGAUCUUCAAUAAUCUGGUUGGCUUCUUCUGCCAAUACGUUAUUCCUUUGGGUCUUAGUGGCCUUGGAUGGCGGUAA